AGCCAUAUAGUCAGAUCCCAACAACAGUAAUGUAUGUCUUUCAUUUGUUAUUUUCUUUUUAUGUAUGAACAUUACUUGAGGAAGUUUGAGAACUACUAAAUUGAUUGCCAAAGACUGCUUCACUGUAAUUGCUUUGCAUAUGACAAUAAAGAACUUGAACAUUGAAUAUUAAGCCACUUCAAGUUUGAGCUCUAUCCGCAAAUUUGUCAAAUUUGCGAAUGUGAGAGAGACUGUUAAAGUAUUUUAGACGAAUAAAACAAACACUGAUAAGAGCCGGACAUUAGCUAGUUGGGUCUAACAGUGUUGAUCCAAUCAGCUGGACUCUGCUCUCAGCAGUAGAGACCGACUGACAAACCUCAGAGUGCGAAGCUCCAGAAAUUCACUCAGUGGUGGCACGAUAUCUAUCAAGUGUACUGUUUUGUAUUUACUUUUUACACCUGUAAAUCUGAGUGCUCUCUAAUCUUAACAUGCAGCUCAAUAACAGAUUGGAUUUAUCUUGUGCUCGCUCGAUAGUUUUGACAUCAAUAAACCUCCAUACUUCUUCCGGUUGGGAUAUUUUAAAAAGAGCUAUAACUGCUGGCAAUUGGCAAUAAUAUAAUACUCCAAUACAGUACACUGAAUCCCCUUUUCCAAAUUAUUUUAGUGAGUAAAUCUCUCUCUGGGGUGAUUGCAGUGAUAGGGUUUCUCCCAGAUGUCCUAAUAUACAAUAUAUUGCCACUGGGACAUCGGCCAUUGUUUUUCCCACAGGUUUGACAUAAAAUAAGCUAUUUCACACUUUAUUCUAAGGCUUAAGAUAUAUUCUGCAGUGCUCAUGUUUGCAACUAUAAAAUCAUCAAAAUAUACAAUAUAGAAGGUGAGAUGUUGAGGAAACAUUACAUAUCCCCAAAAGGCUUUUUUCAUUAUUGCAUCAGAACGACUGUAACCUCUGUUUUUCACAUGCAGUUUUACAAGUUACCAGCAGAGGGCAGUAACGUUUCAAUAUGGUUUAAUAAUAAAGGACUCGUCGGCUGAACCGGAAGAUAAACAAACCUUGAAUCUGGAUCGGUUCCUGUUCGUGCUGGGGAAGGAAUAAAAAUGGCGGCUACAGGAGCUGGGUCUCCUAGCCGGUUGGUCCAGUAUGUCGUGGUCCGCUCGGAUCUGGUCCACAAGCUGUCCUGGCCCCUGGGAGCCGUGAUAACUCAAGCCUGCCAUGCCGCUACCGCCGCCAUCCACCUCCACUACGGGGACCCGGACACACAGCGGUACCUCUCCGAGCUGGACUCCAUGCACAAAGUGGUGCUAGGGGCUCCAGACGAGGCCGCCCUCUCCGGUCUAUCGGAGAACCUUACGCAGGCCGGUGUGGCCCACAAGCUCUGGAUCGAACAGCCAGAGAACGUCCCCACCUGCUUGGCUCUGAAGCCAUGUCCAAAGGAGACGGUCCAGCCGCUGCUGCGCAAGUUCAAGCUCUUCAAAUGACUGCCUUGAAAGACGUCGGCCAGCUGUGCGUUACAGUGCAUGUCAGUAUCCAAUUUCAUCUUUUGAAAGGAGAACUUCAUCUGAAAGAUGUUCUUUUCAUCUUCAGCGAGUCUAAAAACCUGUAAUGUCCAAGAUUACAGUCGGAGAAUAUGAAGUUCUUUUCUGGAUUACUUUCUUCAGGUGGUAUAAAAAAACCACAAAGGUAGCAUUUGCAUUGCAAUCAUGUCAAUAAAGCAAUUAAUAGUCAA